UGCAAAUUCAAAACCAGGCGGAGUGUAAUUUGAUCUCGCAAAGAAAUACCCUAAACUAUACUAAACUUGGAAUCUCUCGCAGAUUUCAUCCGCGUCUUCGUCCUCUUCCACACUCCGCUGUCGUCCCUGUUAACGAAGAACUCGUUCAAACUCCGAUCGUCUCUCUCCGCCACGAUUCUCCUCUCCCUCUUAAACCCUAGCCUACCUCCUCUUCCCCGAUCUCCGACCCCCUCUUCGGCCGUCUCCACGCCGCUUAUUCCCGGGGAUUGACUGGCGAUCGCCGAGGAGUCUAGGGUUUUGGUGGAGGAGAUGGAGCUUGAUGGUGGGUGAGCGAUGCCGCAGCUUCGCGGUGACGCGCGGCGCGGCCGGGCGCAGCCGAACCCGAUCGUCCAGGCGGAGCGGCCGAGCAACACCAGGAGGCGCAGGGCCGCGGCGGCGGCUGUGACGAGGUCGCUCGAGAGGAAGGAGGAGAUCGAGCUCGCCGAGGGCGGGGACGAGGUCGGGGGAGAGGAGAACAAGGAGGGGGAAGGGGUCGGGGAGAGGAGGAUGGAUGAGUUCGAUAGCGGGGCGCGGAGCGCCGACAAGCUCCCCGGCGCGGAGGACGAGGGGAGCACCGCGCCGCUCCCCGAAAAGGUCCAGAUCGGCAAUUCCCCUACAUAUAAAAUUGAAAGGAAGCUUGGAAAGGGAGGAUUCGGACAAGUUUAUGUCGGUCGCCGUAUGUCCCCUCCCAAUUCGAAUGAUCGCGCUGCUGGCUCCAAUGCUUUAGAGAUGGCUCUCAAAUUUGAACAUCGAAGCAGCAAAGGAUGUAACUACGGACCUCCUUACGAAUGGCAGGUUUACAAUACGCUUGGUGGCAUCCAUGGAGUUCCUCGUGUCCAUUACAAAGGACGACAGGGUGACUAUUAUGUCAUGGUUAUGGAUAUGCUGGGUCCUAGUCUAUGGGAUGUCUGGAACAAUAAUUCCCAUACAAUGUCUACUGAAAUGGUUGCAUGUAUCGCCAUUGAGGCAAUUUCUAUAUUGGAGAAGAUGCACUCUAAGGGAUAUGUGCAUGGAGAUGUGAAACCAGAGAAUUUCCUACUCGGCCCACCAGGGACUCCUGAAGAGAAAAAUCUUUUUCUCGUCGAUCUUGGAUUAGCCACUAAGUGGAAGGACAGUACAACAGGGCAACAUGUUGAAUAUGACCAAAGGCCAGAUGUUUUCAGGGGAACUGUGCGAUAUGCAAGCGCCCAUGCUCAUUUGGGUCGAACUGGAAGCAGGCGAGAUGAUUUGGAGUCACUUGCAUAUACGCUUAUUUUUCUUCUCCGAGGUCGUCUACCUUGGCAAGGUUACCAGGGCGAGAAUAAAGGGUUCCUUGUCUGCAAGAAGAAGAUGGCAACAUCUCCGGAGUCUCUGUGUUCCUUUUGCCCUCAACCAUUUAGACAAUUUGUUGAAUAUGUGGUCAAUUUGAAGUUUGAUGAAGAACCCAACUAUGCGAAGUGCAUCUCCCUCUUUGAUGGCAUCGUAGGUCCCAAUCCAGAUAUUAGGCCAAUUAAAACAGAUGGUGCUCAGAAGCUCAUCUAUCAGGUUGGUCAAAAGAGAGGCAGAUUAUUUAUGGAAGAGGAGGAUGACGAGCAACCAAAAAAGAAAGUCCGAAUGGGAAUGCCUGCAACCCAGUGGAUGAGUGUUUAUAAUGCUAGGCGGCCUAUGAAGCAAAGGUACCACUACAAUGUUGCAGACGCGAGGUUGGCACAGCAUAUUGAGAAAGGAAACCAAGAUGGUUUGUAUAUUAGUGCAGUCGCUUCUUGCUCAAAUCUGUGGGCUUUAAUUAUGGAUGCUGGCACUGGUUAUAAUGCUCAAGUUUAUGAACUCUCUCAGUUCUUUCUUCAUAAGGAAUGGAUAAUGGAGCAAUGGGAGAAAAGUUAUUAUAUUAGUGCACUAGCAGGGGCGAACAAUGGCAGCUCAUUUGUAGUAAUGUCUAAAGGUACACAGUAUGCGCAGCAGUCUUAUAAAGUUAGCGACUCAUUUCCCUACAAGUGGAUAAACAAAAAAUGGAAGGAGGGCUUCUAUGUAACUGCCAUGGCUACUGCCGGAAGCAGAUGGGCGGUUGUCAUGUCCAGAAAUGCUGGUUUUUCAGACCAGGUGGUGGAGCUUGACUUCUUGUACCCCUCGGAGGGUAUUCAUCGAAGGUGGGAUGGUGGUUACCGCAUAACGGCAACAGCUGCAACAGUUGACCAGGCGGCCUUUGUUUUGAGUGUACCCAGAAGAAAACCUCUUGAUGAAACACAGGAGACGCUUAGAACAUCUGCUUUUCCCAGUCAACAUGUUAAGGAAAAAUGGGCGAAGAAUCUCUACAUUGCAUCAGUUUGUUAUGGCAGAACAGUUUCUUGAAGUAGCUACUCUUGGAUCUGGACCAAACAGUUGGGUUGACUCUUUCAUCAAAGGGCCAUCUAUAGCUAAUGGGCAAUAUUUUGGUAAUUGUGAAGGUUUUAACAUGUCAUCUACAGCUAACAACCGGUACAGCAUCACUGUCAAUUUCUAAGGAUGCCUUUGCAUGAGGUAUCAAACGGGCAUUAUUAAUUAUUUGUGUUUGUACAGUAGAUUUUGAGUUCUGUUGAUCGAGUAGCAGUUAAUGGAUCGUAGCCUUGACUGCUUCAAGAGGUUUAUACUAAUGGAGAUAAGAUGUUGUCGAUGCGCACUCUGCCAAUUGCACUGUUGGAUGUGUUGGCAGAGUUGUUCGUGAUUUCUGUUUUAGCUACUUGCAGUUCAUUCGGAAUCUGUGUUUCAUAAUAUGUUAGAUUGUGAAAAAUUAACUGAUUAGCAAGUUGAAGGGACGAAAUUUAUUACCUCCUUAA